AUUCUGCGCGAGAUCUGUGUCGGCGUAAAAAACAUGUCGGCGUUCAAGAGAAAACGUGGAGGACAGGCUCCUGGAAAUAAAAAAGCAAAGAAAGCAAAAUUUGUAGCAGAUACAAGUGAAGCACCGAAAGAAAAUGAACAGGAGAAGACACAUGAAAUUACAGUUCCAGCACCGGUUUCACAGGGCAAAUGGAAAAACAAGGAAAGGGUUCUAAUUUUCUCCUCAAGAGGCAUCAACUACAGAACAAGACACAUGAUGCAGGACCUGAGGACCAUGAUGCCUCAUUCAAAAGCAGAUACAAAGAUGGACAGAAAGGACAAGCUGUUUGUUGUUAAUGAGGUGUGUGAGAUCAAAAACUGCAACAAAUGCAUCUUCUUUGAGGCCAAGAAGAAGCAGGACCUCUACAUGUGGGUUGCAAACAGCCCUCAUGGACCUUCUGCAAAGUUUCUGGUUCAAAACAUUCACACACUGGCUGAACUCAAGAUGACAGGAAACUGCCUCAAGGGAUCCAGGCCGCUGCUGUCCUUCGAUCCUACAUUUGACUCGGAACCUCACCUUGCUGUACUGAAGGAGCUCUUCACCCAGACCUUUUCCACCCCGCGGUACCACCCUAAGAGUCAGCCCUUUGUGGACCACGUCUUUACAUUCACCAUUAAUGACGACAGGAUAUGGUUCAGAAACUACCAGAUCAUGGAGGAGGACGCCGCUCUUGUGGAGAUCGGCCCUCGCUUUGUUCUCAACCUCAUCAAGGUCUUCCAGGGGAGCUUUGGAGGACCUACGCUCUUUGAAAACCCCAACUUCACAUCUCCUAACAUGCACCGGAGACAGAUCCGACUAGCCGCGGCAGCCAGAGUGCGUGAGAAGCAGAUGGUGAAGGAGUUGCAGAAACUGAAGCGAGCUGGAACAAAGGAGGACGUGACUAUAGAUGUUACAGCUGACGUCUUCCUGACACCGGCUGAUGAGACGCCGGUUCUCAUUCAAACGGAAGCGCCUGAGCCCAAAGUAGUGAAGAAAAACAAACACAAAGCUUUCAAAAGGCAAAGGAUGGCACGCAAAUAACUGGAUGGACUGGAAUACGCUGAGUGAAUGGCUUACUGUUGCCAUGGUUCAAUGUUGCCUCCAGUAAAUGUGGUGAUGCAACAUUGCAGUCAUGAUUAAAGUCCGAUAUGAGUUUUUUGUUAGCAUACAAGAAGAUUUUAUGUACAACUUUUCAUUUAAUUAUCAGUGACGGUAUUGGAGGAUACUGGCCUGCACAUGUUUUGUUUAAUAUCUGUUGGCAUAUUUUAUAUUAUACUCCCUCACUCUGAAAUACUGUGUAAACUGUAGCUGGCCAUUGGAGUCUCAGCUUUAACAAUACUGCAAACAAUGUUUCCAUGCCUUUUUGAUAAAAGUAAAUAUUCCAUCAGUGUAAAAAAAACAGUAUUGAUUUUGAGUGACUAAAGUUGUUUUCUAUGUCAUGAAAAUUAAACAAUUUAAACCUA